CCAAAAAUGACCUGCUUUUUAAUGUUUUGCGGAUGGCCUUUGAAAAGCUCCCGCCAUUUCGACUAGAUGCGCCGAGAUCGAUUUUGCUGAUCUCUCAUCACCAAAGGAUGUAACAUUGCGUAAAGAAGAACCUCCCAGUACCAGAGCAUGGAAAAGGCGACUGGAAAGCCAAUCUCUGUUUGGUGGUAUCUCAUACCCCUCAUCUUCUUGACUCCUUACAGUAGUGCCCGAGUCGUCCUGCAGUGAAGAGAUCGUCGGUCUCAACGAGUAUAGAAUUAAUACCGCAAUGAGAUAGUGAGUGGUUUUGGGUGGGUAGGUAGGUAUUAUUACAUGGUACAGAAUUUGCAAAUCGACACGUCAGGUUAUCACAGCAAAGGGUAACCUCGCUUGGGUUUAUCGAACUGCUGAUCCGCCGUUUUGUGCUUUUCGUUCAUCAGCAACAACGGAGUCAAGUCGGGUCAUCACAGACAAGGCAGAACUGGUCAAAAAUUUGCUGUGUUGUCAAGUACUGGACUUGAUCGAGCGGGGGAUGCUGUGCUGCGACGUGGUCGCCCCCCUUUUCUCUCUCUCUCUCUCUCUCUCUCUCUCUCUCUCUCUCUCUCUCUCUCUCUCUCUCUCUCUUUGUUCCAUGGUCGAUAAUAUUGCCUGCCCUUUUGCGUUGCGGCGGCACGUUGGGCGGGCAAGCGGACAAGCGGACCAGUUAAGUUGACCGAUUAAUUUCAUCAAGUACUGAUUGAAUGACUGUCUGACAGGCCCUUGAACGGAUGAAGUGGUACUUUGUACCGGCAAUGCAGUAAACAACUGGGUCGACCUACGAGGCGUUUGGUGGUGGUGGUCGUCAGGGUGGGUGGAAUGUUCAGUCAGCUUCGCGAUUUCGGCUGUACCAAAUUGGGAUGGGGCGAUGGGAGGUGGCUCCCGACCCGGCGUGCAAAGCCGCCCCAGAAGGCUGUGGGUAAUAUGAUCCUGGUCCCGAGAACCCAGCACAACCCUACUCGUGCUUCUGUCAGUAUCUCCAUACUACGUAAAGGGUGGGUGUGAACUUAUAGUAGCUUUUCCGCCAUUGUUGUGAACGUAGCGAGUCGAGCCGCCCAACCGAGCGAAGUAUGGUAGCUUGUGUCAAUACACCGACACCUCCUUCUCUGGAUCUCAUCAACCAUAGUGACACCCCCCAACUUGU